AUGGCGAGGAGGACCACAUCAGCGCCCUCGCCCGCCUUGGCUGCGCUCGUGCGCCGGUGGCGCGGGCUCUGGGUCCACCUCCCCGCGUUCACCUUCCACCGCAUCACGCCCGGCCCGCUCGACGCCGCGCUCGUCCUGGUCAACCGUCCCGCGCCGUCGCUCCUCGAUAUCCACUUCUUCAACCACCACGAGCUCGAGCCGACCCUCAUCUCCUCGUUGCUCGGCGCAGCAGCCGCGCUGGCGCCGGCAGAGCUCGCCCUCCACGUCAUCGGGGGCAUACUACGCAGCCCUAUACAGCUACCCUGCUUCGACCGCACAACCUCCAUCAAGCUAGAUUUGUACUUUGUUGGCUUCACGUUGCCGCCCGCAGGAGGCUUCCCUGUGCUCGAAAGCCUCGACCUGGAGAACGGCCGCAUCGACCUCAGCGACUUGCUCCCACACAGCCCCUGCCUGCAGAAGCUUUUGAUUCCCUUUUGGAAUUCCGACUCGAUAGUGCUUGAAAUCGUGGCCCCUGCGCUUAAGAGGUCGUAUAUGGAUGCCCAUAGCGUUAUCGACAAGGAUUGCAAUGUGGUGUUCGCGGCGCCAGCGGUGGAGGAUCUGACAUGGAAGCGCGAGUGCAAGGCCCUAACUUACAGGUUUGGUGUCAUAUGGCGCUUGUGGAGCCUGACCUUUGAGCACACUCAGCUGGCCAACGACAUGGACAGCCAAAGCGUUUCUUUGCAGUCACAGCACUGCCCUCGUGUUGGCGUCCUUUCACUGAGCUUAGAGACCAAUGUUUUGUCGGGAGAUGUAUCCAAGACCUUCGAGCAAGAGAUAUACCGAUUUCAAGUUACUGACUAUUCUGUUUUGGAGCUGGAUCUCAUACAACAAGGGCAUGUUUAUGGAGCAAUCGUCCUCCAUCUUCUUGGCCUUUGUACUUCUAUACAAAGGCUUAAGAGGGGAGACUCCUGCUAUGCAAAUUGCCGUUGUGAUCAGCCUGAUUGGAGAAGUCAGAGUAUCUCCUUGAUUGAUCUUAAAGAGGUGGAAAUCUAUCGCUUUAGAGGACAAGAUCACGAAGUUGAUUUUUUGAAAGCACUCUUGAGAUGUGCAACCGUGCUUGAAAGGGUGACUCUGGGAUUUUCCAGAAAGGUCUCAUCAAGUGACAGUGCAUGCAUGAAAAUCGUUGGCAUUUUAGAGGAUUAUCCUUCGGUGAAGUGCAAUAUUUAUCAGUAUGGCAAGCUGAUUUUUAUGCGUGAAUAG